AACACCCAUAUACACCAAAAUUAUUACUAUCAUUAUUCACUAACCACAACUAUGGCUGCCGAAACCACCACCCUCCACGACCGGCUAGCAAUCGUAACCGGCGGAUCCCGCGGUAUCGGGAAAGCCAUCUCCCUGCAUCUCGCAUCUCUCGGGGCAAAACUCAUAAUCAACUACAACUCUAACUCUACACAGGCAGAUCUAACAGUCUCGGAAAUCAAUACCAAAUUCCCAUCACGGGCUGUUGCUGUCAAAGCUGAUGUGUCUGACCCAGUUCAAGUGAAAAGUCUAUUUGAUGCAGCGGAAUCUGCCUUUGGUUCCCCUCUGUACAUCUUUGUUAAUGCUGCUGGAAUCUUGGAUUCCUCCUACUCGUCAAUACCGAAUUCCUCGCUUGAGGAAUUCGAUCGGACGUUUGCGGUGAAUACCAGAGGGGCUUACUUGUGCUGCAAGGAAGCUGCGAACCGGCUGAAACAAGGAGGUGGAGGGAGGAUUAUAUGUCUGACGUCAUCAAUGGCGGUGGCUUUGAGACCAGGAUACGGGGCGUAUGCAGCGUCUAAAGCGGCAGUUGAAGCUAUGGUGAAGAUUCUUGCAAAGGAGCUCAAGGGAACGAGAAUCACGGCGAACUGUGUAGCUCCGGGGCCAAUUGCGACAGAAAUGUUUUUCGAAGGGAAAAGUGAGGAGAUGGUGAAUAGGGUAGUGGAGGAAAACCCGUUGAGUAGGUUGGGGGUGCCGGAGGAUGUUGCUCCGUUGGUCGGGUUCUUGGUUAGUGACGCCGGAGAGUGGGUUAACGGUCAGAUUGUUCGGGUCAAUGGUGGUUAUAUAUGAACUGUGAAGGAAAAAAAAAGUCGGGUCGGGUCUUUUUUUAUUUUAGGUCGGGUCGGGUCAGGUCGGUGGUUUUUCUUUUUUCUUUUUUUUUUUGUAAGAAUUAGUAUAUUGUUGAAGUUUGUCAUUGGAAGUAUUAGAUGGUUGGUGAAUCUUGAAUGGUAACACUAACACAUA